AUAGGUGUGGACCGCAGAAAGUGCAGCCGCCAAGUCCCCUUCGAGGUCAUCAGCGCCGGGUUCCCGCGCACAGGCACUGCAUCGAUGCAGGAAGCCCUCACGAUCCUGGGCUACCCGACGUACCACUUCUCCAGCCUCUUGACGAACCUCAGGGACGCAGACAUGUGGCUCCCCGCCCUGGACGCCAAGUUCUUCUCGCGAGACCACAGCAUCGCGUACCCGAAGGACGAUGUCGGCUCUCGCAAGGCGCCCUCCAUUGGCAAGAAAGACUUUGAUCAGCUCCUCGGCCAUGUGAGCGCCUCGACCGACGUCCCGGGGUGUCUGUUCUGGGAGGAGCUGCUCGACGCAUACGGCCCCGAUGUCAAGGUCGUGCUGGUGGACCGGGACCUGGAUACGUGGCAGCGCAGCUUCGACGGGCUGGUCGACGGCAUCAUGAACCCCUUUGUGCGCCACGUGCUCGCCACGCUGGACCCAUUCAUCGUCGGGCGCGUGUCCGGCGUGGGCGUGGGCUGGAUCCGCGCCAUCACCGGCACGACGGACACGGCGCUGGCCAAGCAGCGCGCGAGGGAGGCGUAUCAGAAGCACUAUGCGCAGGUGCGCAAGGCGGUUCCCAAGGACAGGCUCCUCGAGUAUCGACUGGGAAGUGGAUGGGAGCCACUGUGCGAGUUCCUCGGCAGGCCGGUGCCCGAUUGCGAGUUCCCCCAUGUCAACGAGGCCAAGGCUUUG